AUGGCUCCAUCAACUAUGAAGCAGUGGGUUGCUGUGGAUAAGGAGAACGGUUUUGAUAGUCUUAAUUUUGAGGAAGCUCCGGUGCCCAAGUGUGGUGAAAAUGAGGUCCUCGUCAUGCUACGCGCUGCGUCGCUCAACUAUCGUGACCUGAUCAUCCCCAAGGGGAUGUACCCCUUCCCUCUCGAUUUACCCGUCGUCCCCGGUUCCGAUGGUGCCGGCGAGGUCGUCGAGGUCGGGUCGAAAGUGACCCAGUUCAAGAAAGGCGACAAGGUGGUGACCUUGUUCAAUCAAUUCCAUCAGUACGGUCCUGUCGAUACGCGGAGCAGCAAAUCCGGUCUCGGUGGUGUCCUCGAUGGUACUCUGCGCCAAUAUGGUGUUUUCAACGAAAAUGGCCUGGUCAGGGCUCCCAGGAAUCUGAACUUCCUCGAGUCGAGUACCCUUACCUGCGCUGCUCUCACCAGCUGGAAUGCUCUGUAUGGCUUGAACGCUCUUAAGCCGGGUGAGGUCGUUCUGGUACAAGGAACGGGCGGUGUUAGCCUGUUUGCCCUGCAGUUCGCUAAAGCAGCUGGAGCUACUGUUAUUGCUACGACCUCAUCUGAUGUGAAGGCCAAGAAGCUCAAGGAGCUUGGAGCGGACCAUGUCAUCAACUACAAGACGAACCCCAACUGGGGUGAAAUUGCUCGCUCUCUGACUCCCGACAACGUCGGUGUCGAUCACAUCAUCGAAGUGGGAGGCGCUGGAACUCUUGGGGAGAGUUUGAAGUGCAUCAAGUUUGAGGGCACAAUCAGCAUCAUUGGUUUCCUAGGAGGUGUCGAUCUCAAGGGUCAGCCUAGCAUGCUUGAAGCACUCAACCAUAUCUGCACCAUUCGGGGUGUAUAUGUCGGAAGCAAGGCUUUGAUGAACGAUAUGAUCAAGGCCAUUGAGGUGAACAACAUCCACCCCGUGGUUGACGAGAAGGUUUUCCGUCUCGAUCAGGCCAAGGAAGCUUAUGAAUACAUGUGGGCUCAAAAGCAUCUCGGAAAGCUGGCAAUUGAAAUUGAUUAA